AAUGUUAAUUUAUUCCGAAAAUGGAAAAAGUACGAUUGAUUUACGAUCAAAUCCGAAAUAAUUAAACGACGCUUCGUUAAAAGAAAAGAGAUGGCGAGACGAAUGCUUUUAGGCCUUUUAGGUUAUGGUCCAGGUGGCGCCACUGUUUAUGUAUACAAACCUUGAGGGACCAAUUUGCAUAUCAAUAUAAUUUUCGAAAGAAUCGGUCGCCGUAUAUAAACUUGACGGAGCGCGAUUUCCACAUUUUACGAGCAGAUUUUGAUAUUGAUAGUGUCUGGCUCGAAUUGAACGUUAUUACAAAUUUCGGUGCCAAUUUAGGUUAUGUGGCUAUCUAUAAAACAAUAACGUUAUCGUAAAUCCGUGUAAGAUUCUUCAAAUGGGGAAGAGCAAAGUGGACAAAAUGCGUCCGAAUCACCUUACGGUAAAGAUUAAUGGGCUUAGUGAUAAAAAAUCCUGGCAAAAUGGAUUUAGUAAUAAUAAUAACAAUAAUAAUAAUGAGAACGGUCAGAGUGUAAAUAAAAAUUUGUACACAUUACCGGAAGGUAUGGAACAUUGUAAUCAUCAAGUCGGUGGUCAUAUGAGUGAUGGGGUGCAUUUGGGUUUAAUGAAAAGAAACGGAGUCGUUUAUAAACCGAUCACAUCAAAAACGGGAGAUCGCGAGAUCGAUUUCUACGAGAAACUCCGAUUUAGCAAAGAUCCGAUUUUGAGGGAUUUUAAGGAAUUCGUCCCAAAAUAUUUUGGGGCUGAAACUCAUCUAAUCGAUGGGAAAGAAAUUAAAUACAUCGCUUUGGACGAUGUUACGAAGGAUUUCCGAGAACCAUGUAUCAUGGACGUUAAGAUAGGGAGAGUUACUUACGAUCCAUUAGCUAGUCAAGAAAAAAUUAUGAAAGAAAAAACCAAAUAUAUCGAGUGCAAGCGAGAUCUUGGAAUUGCCAUCCCAGGGUUCCAAGUUUAUAACACCUCAAAUGGGAAAUUAAGCAAGUAUGGAAAAGAUUAUGGGAAACAAUUAAACAAAGAAACGGCAAUCGAUGCUUUCCGAAUAUUUUUAAACGGAACCUCGUCGUAUUUAAAUCGUAGCUUAAUAAUUCAAAUGUUAACCUCGUUGUGGAGGAUACAAAAUUGGGCAAGAAAGCAGCGCCAAAUAAAAUUAAUCGCGUCGUCAAUCCUCCUUGUUUAUGACGCAAGAAAAUUAAGAGAAUUAACACCAAAGAUUAUUAAUCCCAAUAAAAUAAACACAAGAAAAAUUCAACGUACAAAUAGUUUAACCAGACCUAUAAGCGUCGUUUGUAACGAAAAAUUGGAAACUUUAAAAGCGGGAUUUAGCGGGCAAUUAGCAGAGGAUGGACCAAUUUUUGGGUGCCAAACAUCACCGACGCGGAUUAAACAAAUUAAUUUAAACGAAACGGAAAUCAAGCGAAGUAGGCCCACGUUAAAACGGAUGCAUUCUUUCCAAAAUAACUACGAUAAAGAUUUGCAAAGUAUGAAGAACGAUUAUAACGCGAUUUUGGAUGAAUUGGUUAGCGAUAAAAAACACAAAAUGUGGGUUAGCGUCAAAAUUAUCGAUUUCACCCACGUUUUUCCAAAUAACGAAAUCGACACUAACUUUUUAGAGGGGUUAAACAAUCUAAUCAAAGUGUUUGAGGAUUUCUUAAUCGAAACCGAAAUUAAAAUUAAUUUAUAAAAUAAAAAUUUUAAAUAAAAAGGAUUUUUUUCAUUAAUAAAUAA